AUGGAACAAGGUAAUAGAGGCACCAUCAUGAUCACAAACGAUGAUGGAAUCGACGCACCUGGCCUCAGAGCUUUGGUUGCCGCUCUCGUCGCCACCAAUCUCUACAAUAUUCAAGUUUGUGCUCCUGAUUCUGAGAAGUCAGCAGUUAGUCAUUGUAUUACUUGGAUUCACCCUAUAGCUGCUAAGAAAGUUCACAUUGAUGGAACCACGGCCUAUGCAGUUUCUGGGACUCCAGCUGAUUGCACUUCUCUGGGAAUUUCCAAAGCACUUUUUCCUACAGUAGCUGAUCUGGUAUUAAGUGGCAUAAACAUGGGUAACAACUGUGGUUAUCACAUUAUUUACUCGGGCACAGUUGCUGGAGCUCGAGAGGCGUUCUUCUAUGAUAUACCUUCUAUCUCCAUUUCAUAUGACUGGGCUAAAGCAACAAGUAACCUACAUGACUUUACCCUUGCCGCGCAAGCAUGCAUACCUAUCAUAAGUGCUUUACUAGCUGAUAUAAGGAACCAAAGAUACCCUCAUAAGUGCUUUUUGAAUAUAGAUAUUCCAAGCAAUGUUGCUAAUCAUAAGGGGUACAAGUUGACUAAGCAGGGUAAAAGUAUAAUUAAAAUGGGAUGGAAGCAAAUCGCCUCUGAGACGGAAGGACGAAAAAUGUCUUCUGAUAUGACCACGGCAGAAGUAGCAGCGCGUUCGGAUUUUAACACAUCAUCUAUAUCACCUGGAAGUCUUUUAUUUGCAAGAGAAGUAAGAGGUGCUCAACAUGAUCAUGAUGAUACUGAUCAUAGAUGUUUGCAGGAAGGAUAUAUUACUGUUACCCCUCUUGCUGCUAUCUCUCAGGCGGAGGAAGAUUGUCAAAACUAUUUUAAGAGUUGGCUACAAAAUGUCUUGGAAUCUCCCUCUUCAUUGGCUCUAUAA